GUCAUCUUCCUCUUAGCCUAAAGGCAACUCAAAGAUGCUUAGAUAUCGGUCUCAUCCUCACUGUCCCACACAGUCCACCAACAGGAGCCAACUGUUACGAACGUCGCAUCUCAAAGCUACUUAGCACCAGUGAGUCAACUUUGGAACGACUGGUUCAGCUGUACUUCAAAGAUUCUUCUCCAACAACAGCAAAGACUAUGAGAGCGCUGCAGUGGGACAAAAUCGCCGGGAAGCUUUCCCUCAUCAACAAGGAUGUGCCGGGUACUAGAGACAUUCCCAGUGGACAUAUUCUUGUCAAGGUUGCCUACAGCGGUAUAUGUGGAACCGACCUUCACAUCAUGCAAAAGGAAUUUCGCUCUGCUGACAAAGUCGUCCUUGGGCACGAAUUCUCUGGCACUGUCGUCAUGAUUGGCCCUGGCGUCGAUCUAGUCAGAGUUGGCAAUAAAGUGGCCAUUGAUCCAAACACUCACUGCAAUCAAUGUCGAUUCUGCUACCGCGGUCAGCCCAACUUCUGUGCGAAGGGAAUGGCAACCUCUGUUGGGCUCUUCACUGACGGCGGUUUCAGUGAUUAUUGUCUCGUUCAUAUAAAACACGUCAUCAAAUUGCCGGAUACUUUUCCAUUAGAUAAAGGAGCGCUCUGCGAACCAUUUUCUUGCAUCAUACGUGGCUGGGAUAAUUUAGGGACCAUUGCCGACGAUUCCCAGAUUCUUAUUCUGGGCGCUGGUAUUAUCGGGUUACUGUGGGCAUCUCUCUUCCACCAUCAUGGGUACCGUGAUGUCACCAUUACAGAACUAGCAGAAGGAAGGAGGAAAUUAGCGAAGGAUCUAGGUCUAGGCUACCAAGUGUGCCAUCCUGAUGAUGUUCAGCGUAAAUUCGCCGAUGUCGAUCCAGGAUUAGAUGGAUAUGACAUCAUUGUCGAUUGCACAGGGGUUCCAAAGGCACUUGAAGCCGCAUUCCCGUUACUGCGCUGCGGAGGUAAAUUCUGCAUGUUUGGCUGUUGCCCCAGAGUUUCUGAAAUAACCAUCAACCCUGCUGACAUAAUGCUAAAAGAACUCACGAUUGUCGGGUCGCAAGUCAACCCAUUCACAAUCUCAAAGGCUGUAAGCCUGGUGCAGAGCAUGAGUGAGAGAUACCUCGAUUUUGAACGUCUUGGAAUACGCUUCUUCCCUCUGGAGAAGUAUGAGGAGGCAAUAAGAAUGCUGAAGGCCGGUCAGAUAUCAAAGGCAAUGUUUACUUUCGGCAAUUAACGAAAUGGUGCAAUUCCAUGGCAAAGUACUGAUUACAUUCAUUCGACAAGUAGUACUUUUGUACAAUGCGCUCUGUAGUUAAAGUAACGUUUUCCUAAACUGCGCUUUCCUGUACGCGAGGCUUACCAACAUAAAAUAAAAAUAAAAAAUUUUCUUUUUUGAGAAACCAAGAAAUCUUCUCUUUUAGUUGUAAAAGGUGUCUCAGUGCAAAGCAUACAAAAGCUUCAAGAUGUCAUCUUAUUGAAAUGCAUGAAGACACUUCUCUCUUAAAGAUCUUAUAAGUGGACUUCAUUCGACUACCAUGUAAUAAUGAUGUUUUACAACGAUCAUUGAAGAUUUUAUAUAGAAUCAGCAAGACCCUCAGGUCCAGAGCUUCACUAACACUUCCUUAAACUGUAUGGUAUUAGGUCUUACCGGAAUGUAUUUUUGGUUGUUAAACAAAGCCGCCGGACACAAGAAAAAUAUGGUUUGAAUUGCGCCUCUUCAUCAGAACUGGCUAAUCUCUGAAACCGAUGAUGUCUUAUUAACAUUUAAGGUGAAAAGGAGCCCGAGCUUCUCACGAAUUUUCUUUAUAAAUUAAACAUACAUGAAAAGAUCAAUCUAUGGGUGAGCGCUUGUGCACUGCUCUAAGGAAAUGUUUGUUUGUCUCCUGGUCCAGCGACAGAUGACCGGAUUGCUUAGUUGAUGUGUGUUCUGCAAACAUAAUUUUUUGCAUACUUUUGUUGCAUGGAAUUUUCACUAUUUUGUUUAAAAUUUUUAUCGUAUACAUACCUCUGUACUUGGCCUGCCUACGUGAAUAUCUAUUAAAGAAAUGAAUUCCUGUACACCAACGAAA